AUGGCCGACUGGACUCCAGCCUCGUGGAGGUCGAAACCAAUCAAGCAGGAGAUUGCAUAUGAAGACCAAGAGGGCCUGCAGAACGCCAUUCAGAGACUAAAGAAGCUCCCUCCUCUUGUGACUCCUCAUGAGAUCACGAACUUGAAACAAUGCCUCAAGAAGGUGGCGCUUGGUGAAGCCUUUGUCCUCCAAGGAGGAUAUGAUCGAGGCAAAGAUCAAGCUGCUGCUGCAGAUGAGUUUGAUCCUGAUCUGGGGUGGGUUCCCUGUGCCCUUUCCUGCGACUGUCGGGGUAGUCUAACCAAUGUCAAUCAAUCAAUGAAACAGGAGCCAACAAACCGGUCAUUCGAGUUGCUCGUAUCGCUGGUCAAUUCGCAAAUCGAGACCGUGAACGGUGUCACUAUGCCCUCGUUCAGGGGCGACAACGUAAAUGGGUUCGAAGCUACUCCUGAGUCCAGGAAGCCUGAUCCAUCCCGUCUUGUGGAUGCGUACUUCCACUCUGCUGCGACUCUCAACUAUAUUCGUGCUGCCCUGGCUUCAGGCCUUGCUGACCUGCACUCACCCCUAGACUGGGGUCUGGGCCAUGUCAAGACCCCUGCCAUCAAGGAGAAGUACGAAAAGAUCACUUCCAGAGUCACUGACUCCCUUCGCUUCAUGCGAACCGUCGGCCUGGACACCGCUCACGGUAUCGAGACUGCUGAUAUCUACACCAGCCACGAAGGUCUCAUAUUGGAGUACGAGGAGACCCUCACCCGCGCUUCAAGGAACCCAGUCGAGCCAGCUGGAAGCCGUAGCCUCCCCCAGGCUGUACAGGAAGAGAAGGAGUUCUACUAUGAUCUCUCCGGCCAUUUCCUCUGGAUAGGCGACCGCACCCGCCAGCUUGAUGGCGGCCACGUUGAGUUCUUCCGUGGCAUAUCCAACCCAAUCGGCAUCAAGGUCGGUCCUAGCAUGCAGCCAGAUGAGCUAGUAGCUCUCCUUGACAUCGUCAACCCAGACAAGGAACUCGGAAAAGUCACCCUCAUCUCUCGUUACGGCGGCAGCAAGAUCGCGGACCACCUCCCCGGCCAUAUCAAGGCCGUCCAGGCUUCAGGACACAUCCCCAUCUGGCAAUGUGACCCUAUGCACGGUAACACCAGAUCUACCCCGUCCGGUGUCAAGACAAGAAACUUCAGUGAUAUCCUGUCUGAACUGCGUCAGGCUCUGGAGAUUCAUCGUGCUCACAACUCGUACCUCGGAGGUAUGCAUCUUGAGUUGACGGGUGAGGCCGUCACGGAGUGUGUCGGUGGUGCUGCUGGCCUGACUGAAGAUGGCUUGAGUGAGCGAUACACUACCUUCUGCGACCCCAGAUUGAACGAGAAGCAAGCUCUUGAGCUUGCAUUCUUGGUCGCUGGUUUUUACCGUGACCACGCUGCUGCAAAUGGAACUGAAAGCCCCCUUUGA